AUGAAGGCCAAACAGUCUAACACCAAAGGCUUUAGCCUCCGCUCAAUCCUAAUCCACUCUCUCUGGAUCACCAUCCUUGGUGCAUUGCUCUUCCGCUUCGCCACCGCCAACACCCAACAACUCAUUUACGUCGAAAUCUUCGCCAUUGCCGGCACAAUUCUCGCCACCGCCCCAUGGAUCAUUCAGCUGCUCCUAUCCUUUGUGAUCAUCUUGUCCCACAAUGCCGGAAUAUGUGACCUCACGUGGCUCAUCGGGCCACCGUGCAAGGAGGGUUCAACAGCCAUGGAUGAAGACAUCGAGGAUGGUCGAGGAUUGAUUCCAAUCUACGGAAGGAACAGAGUUGCUAAUGGUUUUGGAUCUAAUCUGCUGGUCCCAGUUGAAGGAAGAAAUGGUCCUCAAUUGCAAAGAAGCAACACAGUUUGAUCUGCGGAUUUGAAUUUGCUUGGGGUUGGAGCAAUAAAAUCGUAAUAAAAUCUUUAACUUCAAGCUCUGCUUAAAUUUGAAUUUCUCUUUGAAAUAUCUUCUUUAAACUUUAGUUGUUACAUAUUGUAUCAUUCCCGGUAAAAGCAACAUGAAAGUACUAUCCAAAAUAGAAGGUUGAAGGUUCUAUAAGAGCAAUGUACCUGUUUAAACUUCAAACUCUACGGGAUUAACAAAAGAAGUUACU